UUGAUUACGAUCAUUUGAAUUUAUCUCAGAAUCCUGUCGUAAAUAGAGAGAUAUCUGCGUAAUGAUAAUUGCACAGUCGUCACGUAAAAUUCUUUUGCAAAUCCUUAUUACGAAUUCAGUGCUGAUGUUAAAAUAAAUUUAUUACGACUAACGGGAGUGUUGCUUUUUCUAGAUGAAGCUGCUGAUUUUGUGCGCAUUGUCUACCGUUGCGUUUGCCGCGCCGGGUCUCCUCAAGGUGCCGAGGGUGUACAAUGUCGUGAUCACGAGCAAUCAGAAUCUGUCGCCGUCGCGAGCGUUUCCCGUGAUACAACCGGUCAUCCAUCGAACCGCCGUCGGUUACGUGCCGCCGUUUUAUUACACGCAGAUAGCGCCUUAUUUCGUCGGGCCGGAAGUGGUGCAUUAUCCGCUGCUCGGCGCCGAUAGUAAGACGGCGACCAGGAACGAUCAAGAGCAGGAGAACUCCUCCUCAACGUCGAAUCUAGCCGAGUCGACGAGCUUCGGUGUCGCGAAGGAGCCCGAAGACGCGACCACCAUCGAUCGCACGAAGGACAACGGUCCCAAGAAUGGUGAUACCGAGAACACCAAGAAGAAAAAGCAGCAGGUGCCACUGAGCUUCUAUCCAAAUUACCAUUCGCUCUACUACGACCCGUAUAUUUACACGUAUAACGGUUUCAAUCCGCACGUCGUGCCCGGCACUUAUUACAUCGAUUACCAACCUUACGAGUCCUUGGAACCGAUCCCAGCUACCACACCGAGAAACGCCGACUCUGGCCAUCUGUUACCGAGUUUCCAUGACGAGAAGAAAAUCAACACGAAGAACGACAGAGAAAAAAUACCGGAUGUACCGCCGCCACCUCUUCCGACCUCCAUACCGAAGAGAUCUUCAGCCUCUCAAGAUGAAAGUGUUUCGUAUUGAAUCGCGAUAAAUAGGCGAAGAAGAAAGCUUCAUGAAUUCUUUUUAUGAACGUUGCAAGCGCGAAUAGGUAUGUCGACGAAGUAUGACAAAAUUUCUUAUUUCUUUAAUUUUUUCUUCUUUUUUUUUUUAAGAAGGUGGCCUUCGUUGUUACAAGCAUUAAAGAAUAAUUAAUGGCUCGUUGAAACGUUGGCACAGCUGUGCAAUCAAUUGGCAUUUAGUACAUUAGUCACGCCAUUAUUGAACUUUGACUGCAACUGCCUGAGUACCGUAUAUAAUCUCCAAUCUACAUGACGAUGCAGAUGUUCGACGAAGUUGAAGAGAGUUCUAUCUAUACUACAUUCUAUACUAAUAUUGAAAUUAGAAGGAAACGAGGCUCAGAUUAUUUUUAUAAUUUGUGCGAGUGAUCUUUCAUGGAGAGAAUUUGGAAUUUUUUGCGGUGCAUAUUUUACGUAUGUGUUAAUUUGUUUUGUACCUCGAGAUUACUUGCUUAAUAUAAAGUAAAGCUGAACAAACAAUGCUACAACAUA